UUAUAUAGGCAGCACCUUUCAACACAAGGCAGGUGAGAGCUACCUGGGGGCUCCUGUUCGAUACCUGGAGGCGGGAGGAUAACACUUUAAUGUUUAAUACAGAGAGAAGAAGUCAGAAGCGACCCUAGAACAAGUAUACAAACUGGCCCCUAAUAAUAAAUCCAGCUGUAGUAUUUUAUCUGAGUCCAUUUCAACUUGGUUUUGUAUUUUCAUAAACCGGUUUCUCUUCCUCAUAGCUUCAGUGGUUUCAUUUUCUCCCUUCAUUAUUUGUAUGACUUCAAAUGAAGCUAUCCCUGCUCUUAUACUAGAAAAUAACCCAAUAAAUGACAUACUAAUCUUCCUCCAAUAAAAUGUGAAGAUUUAUUUUUGACCUAAGGUUAUGCAGUUGCACAUCAUUUUGAAACAUUGUUAUUACAUAUACAUUACAUCUAAUUUAGCUGACACUAUUAUCCAAAGCGACUUAGAAUAAGUGCGAUAAACCAUAAAGAUACAAACACAGAACAACAAUUAAAGUACUGUUUUAUUUGCUUAAAAAAAGCCAAACCAUUACAUUAGUAUACAUUAGUUUCACUAUUGCUCCAUUUAUUUAUUUUUUCUUCAAUUUAAUGGCCAGAUACAUGCGAAACAGGUGGGCUUCAGUUUGCAGCUAAAGAUAUGUAGACUUUCUGCUGACCAAGAUGGUAAUGAAUAAACCCAAAAAGCAUGAAGACACAACCUGCUAAACAGGUCUAUUAGUUGGGAUGUUCUCAUCUUUUAUUUUUCUGCUUUCUGGGUUUGGUGGCACCCAAACUGGCUUGUCUGCUGCGCCUUAGCCUUUUAAUGUUCGGGAAAACCCUCAAAGCAUAUAACCUCAGGCAUUGUUACAUUUCCAAUCCAAUGCCCUGGAAUACAGACCCAGACAAACUUCACAGGGAAGCUGGUGCGUAAUGGUGAGGAUAAGAAGGCAGUGAUCUGCAUUGAGGGGAACAUUGCCAGUGGGAAGACGACCUGUCUGGAAUAUUUCAGCAAAACUAGCAAUAUAGAGGUCCUAACAGAACCAGUCUCUAAAUGGAGGAAUGUCCGUGGACACAACCCUCUGGGCCUCAUGUACCAGGAUCCUGAGCGCUGGGGCCUCACAAUGCAGACAUAUGUCCAGCUGUCCAUGCUGGACCAACACCUGUCAACCAUAUCAGCCCCUGUCAGGAUGAUGGAGCGCUCCAUCUUCAGUGCCAAGUACAUCUUUGUGGAGAAUCUCUACAGGAGUGGCAAAAUGCCAGAGGUGGACUUCGCUGUCCUCAGCGAGUGGUUUGAUUGGAUCACAACUAACAUUUCCAUUCCUGUGGAUCUGAUUGUGUACCUGCAGACGUCUCCUCAGACCUGCCAUGAGAGGCUGAAGCAGAGGAGCAGGGAGGAGGAGAAAGUCAUUCCACUGGAGUAUCUGGAGUCCAUCCACCAGCUGUAUGAGGAUUGGCUCAUCAAGAAAAGCUCCUCCCCUCUUCCUGCUCCUGUUCUGGUGAUUCCUGCUGACCAAGACCUCCAGGAGAUGCUGCACCAGUACAAAGAAAACCGUGACAAGAUCCUCACAGCUAGCUCUCUCUGAUACCAAAUUCACACUCUUCACUUUUUAGUAACUUGACAGCAGAUUUCUCUUCAAUGGGCAACUAUAUUGCCAACUUCUGUUUAGUCAAUAGGUAUAAACAGGGCUAUUGCUUAUAUUUAGUAGCUAUUCUAACGUCUCCUCACCAACAAUGGUAUUCUCACUUAAAGGGUGUAAAUGCUUUAGAGAAUCUUAAACUCUUCUAAUAACUCAGUUUUUUAACAAAACACUUAAACAAUUCUUAACAGAAGUUGAAAAGACUCAAACUUCAAACUGUGAGCUUGAACUGAUUCAUUUCUCAUUUGCGUGAAGAUUUCUGGUCAUUUUUUAUUUAUUGGUUUGAUGUGUAAUUGAAAUGCACUUGGAUGUUGCUGUUACCCAGAUAUGACGUGUAAUGUGUUGGAUUGUUUACCUGAGUUCAUCACAGACUAGACAAACACCAUUCCAGCUCCACAGAUAUCACAUGUGUAAAUCCACUGUACAAAUAUUUCAUUCAAGUAGGGACAGGUUCUCCAAUGUUUUUCUGUAACUCCUUUUAACUAAGGAACCUUUGCUAUUUUUUACGAAUGUUACUAUAUGAAUCAGUGUAUUGUGUAUCUGCUCUUCUGUUGUUCAGAUGUUAAUUGAAGCAUUUAUAAGGAAUAAAAUAUCAGAUGUUUAUACAUCGUGGGGUAUUGUA